AUGGACAAGACGCGGUCGUCGUCCCAGACCGCCAUGCUGGGCGGCAAGGACGGCCUGCUGGCGCCCUCCUCGAGCGCGCCGCCGCUGGCCGAGCGCCGCACCACGUGGCUCUUCAUCCGCACGCUGCUGUGGAAGAACUGGACGCUCAAGCGGCGCCACCCCGUGGCCACGUUCAUGGAGGUGGCGCUGCCCUGCGUCUUCAUCCUCAUCAUGGGGCUGCUCAAGUCCCUCGUGGACGACGUGAGCGUGCCCCAGGGAUGGAGCGACGACAGCAGCGUCACCGACGACGACACGCUCGGAACGUCCUACAACCUGUUCCAGACGUCGGGGACGACGGUGGCCGGUCUCCCCGCCGCUCUACCCAAGUUCACCAUGCACGAGACGUCGCUCUGGGGCAUUCUACUGUACAUGGGCAGUCUGUCCAUCUCCAACGGCAUGAAGAUGGACGAACUGUCCUCUGCAGACCUGGAGAACUGUACUACCGGCGUCACUGCACGCGGGAUGGUGGAUAUCGAUCCUACCUCGGCCUACGCUGUGCCCACCUCCUGCGCGGGCAAAGUGUCGCCAUACAAAAUCGCUAUUGCGCCGGACAACACCUUCACGCGAGACUACUUCAUGCAGACCAUGGAGCUGUGGUACCCGAGGCUCAAUCUACGCAACACGUCCACGUCAGCCGUGUUCCCGUCGUUGAUGGAGAGUUUCCAGUUCUUCGACACGGAGGAGGCCCUCGAGGAGUACGUUAGUGGCAACGACUACGCGUCGAGCCAGGAGAACCCCCACAUCUACGGAGGCAUCGUGUUCGACUCAUACCCUGAGGACGAUAACAUUGGCUCUUUCCAGGACAUUGAGUACACGGUGAGGUUGAACUCGACACUUGGUCGGCGUGGAGCCAUUGGACUCGUCCCGAGAACGAGUGGGGACCCUCCGCAGCUGUCGCCCUUCCAGAAGGAUAUCAGCAUGGAUUACUACACCAGGUACACUAUCACGGGCUUCAUGACGCUGCAGACGCUGGUGACGAGGUUUGUGGCGUGUAUGCCCGAGUGGGACGCGGCCACCAAGACGACGACGGGUGUGUGCCAACGCCCGCAGACGACGGCCGAAGCGUCCAAGGAACUAGAUGACGCGCUGCUGUCGUCGCUGGACAACGACGUGAUCAUCGACUACGCUAUUCAGAACAUUGCGGGGGCUGACGCGACGUUCUCGAGUGUCAAGGAGUUUUUCACGAACGAGACACUGGAGGCGCUGCUGAAGCCGCUUCGACAGACACCGCAGCCGUAUCUGGGCGUGUCGGUGAUGCCCUUCCCCAUUGAAGCGUACAUCAGCUCCCCGUUCUACGACCAAGUGUCGGAUGUGUUCGCGAUCGUGUUCAUCUUGUCGUACCUGUACUCCAUUUCGCGGAUUUUGGUGGUGCUUAUCCAGGAGAAGGAGCUGCGGUUGCGCGAGUACAUGAAGAUCCUCGGAGUCAAGGAGAAGGCCAUUGUCGUGUCGUGGUACAUGACGUACACCCUGAUUCUAUUCGUCGGGUCGAUUCUGCAGGCGCUUAUGGGUAUGGCCGGCCUCUUCUCGAACAGCUCCGUGGUGCUGAUCUUCCUCUUCUUCUUCCUGUUCAGUCUGAGUGUGCUGGCGUACGGCUUCAUGAUCAGCACGAUCUUCAGCAAAGCGCGCGUCGGAGCGUUCGUUGGUAUGGUGCUGUUCUUCCUCAUGUACUUCGUGUCGGCUGCGUUCACGACGGAGACGGCUGAAAACCAAAAGACGGUAGGCUGCAUUCUGUCCCCAGUCGCGCUGUCGCUUGGUGUGACUGUGCUGUCGAAUCUCGAAGCUACGGGGACCGGUGUAAACUUCUCGAACGCGAGUGUGCUGAGCGAUAACUUCCGCUUCAGUAGAUCGCUGCUCAUGUUCGCGUUCGACACGGUGCUCUACACGCUGCUUGGACUGUAUUUCGAGAAGGUGGUUCCGAAGGAGCACGGUACUACGUUGAAGUGGUAUUUCCCCGUGUCUCCGUCGUAUUGGAGAAACCGACGCAAAACCCGCGAAGAACUAAAGGUCAAGCUGGAUGCUGAUCACCCGUCUGAAGCUUUGCUGGACAGCGUAUCUGUGGAUGUAAACCACAAUAUUGAACCAGUCAAUGCGGAGCUUCGCGAGCAGGAGCGUCAGGGCGAAGUGCUUGCAGUUCAGCGUUUGCGUAAGGUUUUCCCCGUUCCCGGCGGCGAGAAGGUGGCUGUGCAGGGGCUGAAUCUGACCAUGUACAAGAAUCAAAUCACGUGCUUGCUGGGACACAACGGCGCAGGCAAGACGACGCUGAUCUCUAUGCUCACCGGCAUGAUUGCACCCACGAGCGGAGAUGCAACUUUCCGUGGGCUGUCUGUGAAGGAAGACAUGGACGAAAUUCGCGAGUCUCUGGGUCUGUGCUUCCAGCACGAUGUUCUCUUUGAAGAACUCACAGUGGAGGAGCACUUGCUUUUCUUCGGACGGAUCAAGGGCUACACGAAGACAGAGUUGGAUGCUGUGAUCACAAGGCAGAUCCGUGAGGUCGGACUGACCGAGAAGCGUCACGUCAAGUCUACCGAGUUGUCUGGUGGUAUGAAGCGGAAGCUGUCCGUCGCUGUGUCUCUCCUUGGUGACAGUUCGCUUGUGUUCCUGGACGAGCCCACGUCGGGAAUGGACCCGUACAGUCGUCGCAGCACGUGGGAGAUUCUGCUGAACAACCGCAACGACCGUGUCAUGGUGCUGACGACACACUUCAUGGACGAAGCUGAUAUCCUUGGAGACCGUAUCGCUAUCAUGGCUGAGGGUGAACUGCGUUGCUGUGGUUCGUCUCUCUUUUUGAAGAACCGGUUUGGAGCAGGCUACAACUUGACCCUGGUGAAGGACGAUGCGACUUGCAAGGACAGUGAGGUCAUCUCAUUCGUGACGUCGCGAGUACCGACAGCGCAGUUGCUAAGCAACGUUGGUAGCGAGGUCGCGUUCCAGUUGCCGCUGACAAGCUCGUCCAAGUUUGCAUCGAUGUUUGCCGACAUGGACGACAACCUCCAGAAGCUUGGGUUGCUGUCGUACGGUGUCUCCGUGACGACGCUGGAAGAGGUGUUCAUUAAGGUGGCUGAAGCUGAUGACCACGGCAACCAGCACACGCUUGGGAACCGAGCUCGUCCAGAAACACCUGCCUCCAGCCCUACCGCAUCAAGUGAUACUGGUGCAGUCCCGGAGCAGACUAGCUCAUUCUUCAUGACGCAUCUGUGGGCACUCUUCCUCAAGAGAUUCCGCUACGCUAAACGCGACAAGAAGAUGAUCUUCUACAGUUUGGCCCUGCCCAUCUUGUUGCUGCUGGUUGGGCUGGGCCUUCUUCAGGGAACGAGUUUCACCAAGGACGACCCUAACCUGCCACUAACUACCGAUGCUUUUGACUACGGAACAGAGACUCCGACGCCGUACUUCUGCCAACCUGGUACAUCGGAGGAUCAGUGGUGCAGCAGUGCCAUGGGUCGGUCCUACUUCACCGAUGUUGCUACUGAAGCACUCGCGCUAUCUGAACCGGCAUUCGACUCCAGCUCACCAACGGUGUUCGGCGUGACAUACACGAACCCUGCGGUUAACACUACCGGCGCCACUGGUUAUGGCCUGCGUCUGGGUGAAGAAGUGUAUAACCGCGGAUACGGUGUUGACACGGCAACGGUCGAGGGCCAGUAUGGUGCGUACUUGGUGCACGCUGACAGCGACAAGAACCUCUUCGGCUACAACAUUUUCGUCAACACUACUGCCACACACGGAGCGAUUAUUUUCAAGGCUCUGAUGGACCAGACCAUCUACCGCUUUUUCGCUGCCAACUCCAGCUCCGAUGCAUCGAACGUAAACUUGGUCGUGAACAACCACCCGCUGCCGCUGACUGCCGACACGAAGGCGCUCUUCGGAUCGUUCCUGGCGUUUACGGCAUGCUUGUUCAUCUGCAUUGCCUUCACGUACUACCCCGCGUCCAUCGUGGUGUUCCUGGUGAAGGAGAAGCAAGCGAGCCACAACUCAAAGCACCAGCAGCUGGUGUCUGGUGUCUCGCUAGGUGCUUUUUGGCUGUCCAACUUCCUGUGGGAUUUCCUCCUGUACUUGAUCCCGUGCGCGGCAGCGAUCAUUAUGAUCAAGGGCUUCGGCAUUGACUCUAUGACUGGCAGCUCAGCCUGCAACAGUUGCACGUCGGAGACGUUCCCUGCCGUGAUUGUCCUGCUCAUCCUGUUCGGACUUGCGAUCUGCCCGUUCACGUACUGCCUGUCGUACCUGUUCAAGGAGCACGCUUCGUCGCAGACUUACACGAUUAUGAUCAACUUUGUCCUUGGAGUGGUGCUGAUGGUGGUGGCGUUCAUUCUGGAUGUGAUCGAGUCGACGAAGGAUGUGAACGCGGUGCUGGUGUUCUUCUGGCGGUUCUCACCUCUGUUCAAUCUCGGUUACGGACUGCUCAACUUGGUGCUGAACGAGCUGACAACUAUUCGUGAAAGCGACGAAACCAAGUCGAGUCCGUUUAGCACGGAUCUCAUGGGGUGGGAAAUGAUCUACCUGUUUGUGACUGCUAUUCUGUAUGGACUCUUGGCUGUCGGCAUCGACUACGCCAUGACGUUCCCCAAGGUGAAGGACUGGAUGAGUGGCAGCGAUAACGUUGUUGACGAACCGUACGAGGAAGACGUUGACGUCGUGAAAGAAGCGGAGCGCGUGGCUAACGGAGAGGCUGAUGGCGACAUCGUCAAGCUCGCUGGUCUUCGCAAGGUGUAUCGCGGUGGCAAGGUUGCGGUUCGUAAUCUGUCCUUCGGGUUGAAGCGCGGUGAGUGCUUUGGCUUCCUUGGUAUCAACGGUGCCGGCAAGACGACGACUAUGAAGAUGCUGACGGGCGACGAGCUCCCGACUCACGGUACUGCAACGCUCGGAGGAUUCGACAUCCUGACGCAGCAGAUCGACGUUCGGCGACAAAUCGGCUACUGCCCGCAGUUUGACGCCUUGUUUGAGUUGCUGACAGUGCGUGAGCACCUGGAGCUGUUCGCGUCGAUCAAGGGCGUGCCUCGGUCGCAACUCAACGACGUUGUGGUGGACAAGAUCAGCCAGCUGAACCUCGGUGACUUCGAGAACAAGUUGGCUGGUAGUCUGAGUGGUGGCAACAAGCGCAAGCUGUCGGUGGCUAUCGCUAUGAUCGGCAAUCCGCGCAUCAUCUUCCUGGACGAGCCUUCCACCGGUAUGGACCCGGUCAGUCGACGGUUUAUGUGGGACGUGAUCGCCGAUAUCUCGACGCGAGGCAAGAACUCGACGAUCGUACUUACCACUCACAGCAUGGAGGAGUCGGAGGCGUUGUGCUCGCGCGUCGGUAUCAUGGUCGGUGGUCGCCUUCGCUGCUUGGGCAGCGUGCAGCACCUUAAGUCGCGCUUUGGCGAUGGGUUGGUGUUCGACGUCAAGCUGGCCAACCCUUCACAGGAAGAGCUGGACGAGCUGGUGCACCAGCACUUCGGAGGUGCUAACGAGGUGGUCACCCGCGCGGAUUUAGAGGACAAGUGCCGAUCAUUCAGCGACCAAGAGCUGGCGCAGCGAGUGGUGGCGUCGCACCCGACAGGUUACGGUAUCGCUGCCGUGCUUGAGCGCGACGGAUACAUUCGCGCCGAGGCGUUCCUCUCGUGGUGCUUGGAGGAGACUCGCUUCGAUGCGCUGCUCCACUUCCUCAGCUACUCGUUCAGCCACGGCGGCGUGACUGUGAUGGAGCGCCAGAACGACUUCUGCCGGUUCAAGCUGCGUGGCGCGAACGACGAGCUUUGGUUGUCCAAGGUAUUUGCCCUAGUCGAAGACGUCAAGGAGAAGAUGCACAUCCGCGAGUACAGCGUCUCGCAGACCUCGCUGGAGCAAAUUUUCAACUAUUUCGCAUCCCAACAGGCUGAGGAGCAGGGCGUCGCUCGUGGCUUCCAGGAGGCUUAG